UGGUUUGGUUUUUUUUAAUGUCUGUAGCUGCUAGGUGGUUGAAUAUAUUUAUCCGAAGCAAUGUGCUAUGCAAAAAAUGGUUCCAACAUUCCUGUGCCCUCCAGCGCACAAGGAAAACUGGUGGUGCCUGAAGGAGCCCUGAUAACACGGCGCAUUCUGUGGCCACUGCGUGACAAGCAGCUGAGCACUUCAGGUCCCCAGUCCAAUGUCUAACUCAUCAGUUCUCUACAUCUGCCUUGUCCCUCACGCUGUGCAGAGAUCUGUUUGUACCCCAGCCCUUGAAACUUUACUGUGCCUUCUGUAUGACCUGCCAUUUUCACCUGGGAACAUAAGGGCUCCAGAAUCAGCUAGAUGAGUUGAGGACUUCCAGGGAUUUAAAUCCUACACUAGGAUGGACACUUCUGGGAACAGGGGGAUUCUCCACUGCUGGGCACGAGGCCGUGAGAACACCGCUACCCUUUCAGAAGCAGCAGCUUCAGUAUCUUGGAAUCUUGGGCUGUGGGCGAAGGCGAUGCUGAGUUUCAAGCACCAAGAAACGGAUUGAUGCAAAAGGAUGCCUGACGUUCCGUUCGAAGCGCUGGAAACAAUCGUGCUUUCCUCUGCUCCGGCUGAAGGGCGUACGCUCCGUCACCGGUCAGGUUCGCCGCGGAAGGAGUUUCGGGAUGCGAAUUGUUGGAGCGUUUACCGGGUGGCUCCGCCUCAGACUGAAACGGCGAGAGGCCGCUCAGCUUUCCCGGCCGCCCCCCCACCAGCGGCUCCCUUUGCCGUUCCGAGGGGCGGCCCCGGGCUCCCGGCGCCGGCACUGCGCAGGCGCCCGCCGGGGGGGCGGGGCUGCGGGCCGCCUCGCCGCGCGGCCUGACGCAAAGAAGAUGGCGGCGCCCGUGUACCCGGCCUGGGUCACCCGCUGGGUCUCCGGGCAGUGGCGGCAGAAGAAGCGGCCCCCGGUUAUCCGCCCCACCCGGCCGCUGGUGCUGGGCAACAAGGUAGCGAACCGCAGGGAGCAGGCGGGAGAGGCAACGUGCAUUACGGAGAUGUCAGUAAUGAUGGCCUGCUGGAAACAGAAUGAGUUCAACGAUACAGCUUGUGCCGAGGAGAUCCGGAUGUUCCAUGACUGCGUGGCAAAGGCAGAAAAGGAGCGCAAGGAUCAAAAUGUGGACACCCUGUCACCCAAGGGAAACUUAACUUCAAACAAAGUGAACAAGCUCCUGAGAAGGUUUCCUCAGAUCACGCGUUAUGUAUAAAGUGGUUUACUAAAGGGACUGUGGACAAGCAAUUAAAUUUGGAGUCUUUGGCAAAAAAGUACAAAGUAGACUCGAGUGAGUGUUUGAUGUCAGGUGGUAUCUGUCAGCACUGCUGUAUGGAUCUUGACCACACCUUUGGUUCCAGAGCGAAAAACACCCACCUUCACCAUGAGCUGACUUCGGUCAUGAAGUUCUUGGGUCUUGUGGUCAUAGGAUUUCUGCAGUGUGCUGUUUAACUAGCCACAGUGUGGACUUGGGUCAUCACUAUGAAAUAAAAUCUUCUAGGAAUGCAUGUAAAUGCCUUUCCUAACAGUUAGGGGGUGACUUUUCCUCAUGUAUAAGCUUCCUGCCUAAAUUCUGAGCUGCUAUCAAAAAGUGCUCAGACCUAGACAUUGAGACAACUUAAAAUGUGAUAGUAAUCUCAUGACUCGUACUCCUAAAUGUAUGUAUACACGAUCUGGUUCCUCUUGAAAUUUUUUAAAUUCCUGUUGCUGUACAAGAAAGCUGUAGAGUGAGGAAGGAAUCUCCAGCAAAAUACCUCGUUAAUACACAAUACAUUGGUAAGGAUCAAAUAGAGCUUUAACAUAGAAGCUUGUGUUUUAGGCCUUCCAAUUUGCAGGUGGGACAGAUAUGGUGCCAUGUCAGAUGCAUUAUAUUGUCUGUACUAUAAUAAAAUAAUGCAAGACUCUU